GAGCGCAUUCACAGGUAUGGAAAUCGGUCAAUUUUAUUACAAAAUCAGUUAAAUUUCGGACUGUACCGUAGAUUUAAGCUGCUUGUAAAUAGAGGCUGUAAAUAUAAAAAUAAAUUUAGUUAACAAUGAGUUUGGGAGCGCGCGCCACCAAGUGUGGUGCGAAAGGCAAGGAGGGCAAACACGCCGCCGACAAGGGCAAGGGCGCAGAUAGACCACAGCCCAAGGAGAAGGCCAAACCGCAGGCGACUACAGAACAACUCCGAAUGGCACAUAUGAUCGACCGUAAAAGCGACGACUCGUCCGAGGUUCGACGAAUGGUCCUGGAGUUAAUGGAGAUGACCUGUAGGACUGAAGAUGAGGUUUGCUCCGCCCUACAUGACACAGACAACGACCUCGACGCCGCCUGCAACCUGCUACUUGAAGAAAGUCAACGGAUACAGGGCGAAUGGCAAACCAGAGAGAAGAAAAAGAAGAAACCUCCCGCCCCCGCCGGCAACGGCGAGGUCGAGCCGCGCGACCCGCGGAGCCGCUCCGGACCGAGAUCACGUCGCGGGGACACGGAGCGUCCGGAGCGCGGCGAGGGCUCGUGGCGGGGACGCGGCGGGGGGCGGGGGAGGGGAGCCGCCCGGGGAGCGCGGGGGGGCGCGCGGGGCGGCAGGGGCAGACCUCGGGGGGCAAGAGAGCACGACUACACGCCCCUCGACAGCGGAUCCUCUCCACAAGAUCCAAAUGCAGGAGAUUCGUUCCCUGCAACGGAAGACUGGGACAACGAGGAGUGGUCAGGAUCUCUGUCCGAUACCAAGUGUUGCGGUGUGCAGGUGUUCAUCGCGAGCUCCAGCGCGCAGCUAGCCGCGUCCGACGCCGCGCCCGCCGCCCGCAGCGAAGACUGGGACACCCCGGAAACGCCUAAUGGCCCAACCGAAGGCCACAUUCCCACUUACACAUACCACAAUCCACAUCACCACAACAUUAUCGAGCAAGCGACGGUGAACGCGGGCAGUCGGCAGUCCCCGGUAGCGGAGCCCCCGGAGCCCUACAUACAUCAGCAUACGCACCAGCCGAUGGGCAUGUCGGGGAGCCUGUCAGCCGCGCAGACGCAGUACCUCACGCAGCUCACCCAGCAGUCGCAGAGACAUGACAAUAGUGUAUACACUUCAAAUUAUGGUGUUUACGGGUCCACGGACAUCAGUGCUCAAAGGAAACCGCAGAGGGCGCGAGUCCCGCCACCUUCUAAGAUACCGUCAUCAGCCGUCGAGAUGCCGGGAGGGGAGAGCCCCGGAAUGUUCCUAGACGUGCAGUUCGGUGCUCUAGAACCUGACACGCUACACGACACCACGCCCACCAGCAAACCGCUGAACGCGACGCCCGAGCAGCCCGCCCCCGCGCCCCCCGCGCCCGAGCCCGCCGACCCGCCCGCCGCGCCCCCCGCGCAACUAUUGACUGAAACAAUCCCGACAGUGGAGACGCCGGUCGCGGCGCCCGCAGAACCCGCCGCCGCCGCCGCUGCCGCUGCCGCCUCGUCGUUGGAGAAGCAGUUGAGCGCGUCGAUGAAGCAGCUGAGCGUGUCGGGGAGCGAGCCGCUGCCCGCCGCGCCCGCCCCGCAGCACUACGCGCACCACCGCCCGCCCAAGCAGGCGGCGUCGGCGGCGGGCGCGCAGAACGUGUACGCGCACCACGCCGUGUCGCACCACCCGCCCGUGUACGGCGCCAGCGUCUACGCGCCGCCGGUGAACUCAACGAACGCGUCGCUAACUGGCGCCUCAGCAAUGGCCGCCACGGCCUACCCCUCAAGUGUAACGCUGACUCAAUUUCAGCCCAUCAUGAACUCAUACCAGACAUCGUCGUCGGGCGCGGUGUACGGCGGCAGCGCGCUGUACACUGCGGCUCCGUACACCGCCUACCAGCCACCGGCACAACCUAAGAUCCAACCCAAAGAGCAUCAGUAUGACAACUCAGUAGCGUCGAGCAACAGUUUGACGAGUACGUCCACCACGCAGACGUCGACAGCCAAGAUUACGACGACUACAGUAGGAGCCGCGGCAGGAGUGGGGGGCGCGUACGCAGGAGGAGCGUUGUACAGCGGGGCCACCACUACCCCCUACGCCGCGUACGACGACCAGCUCAUGAGGUCCACGCAUCCGCACCAUAUGGGCGGCUACUACGAGGUGGGCUACGGAGCCCGGGACGGCGCCUUCGGUCUCAGCGCGGGCGACAGGUUCGGGCGGACCGACGCUGCCUCCCCGCAGCAGGUCCCGGCAGCCGCUCUACCUCCGGGAUACGCGUACUUCGCGUACCAACCGCCUCCCACCACAUACCAAUACGGAGUGUAUCCCACGUACGGCGGCGGCUCGGCGGUGGGCGGCGGCGGCAAGGUCGGCUCCUACGCGCAGCAGCAGCAGCCCGCCUACGACGCGCAGGACAACUACAAGCCCGCUAACAAAGGAAGACAAGGCCACGGGCCACCCGACGGCGCGCAGUACACUGGCGCGGCCGGCAAGACGGCGGGCGCCGCCGCCGACCUGGGCGCCGCAAUGUACGCCAAGACGCACGUCACGCUCAACAAGGUUAACAGUUACGACAAGGCGACGUUCCAGAGCGGCACCCCGCCGCCCUUCGGCGCCUCGCACCUGUACAUCCCCGCGCCGCCGCACCACCACCACCACCACCACCAGAUGGAUGUUCGGGUGAACAAUAAUCAUAAUAGGCGGGAGAGUGGUUCGGGGGGGGCUCGCUCAUCGUCAAGCAAACCCGCCGCCAGCAAGCCGAACUACUCACAGUCGUACUGGGCGCCCAACUAGCUGCUACAGACACGGAGUUCGUCAGUAGCGAGACGCAUGUACAUAGAUAACGGAGCGUCCCUAACAGACAAAUUGAAGCUUCAAUUGCUACUGCUGGCGUUGUCUCGCUGAACACCAACCGAACAAGGAAUGUUACAUCAAACAACUCGGAAAUGUCGCCCCCCUUCGGACGACGUGGAACUGUUACAGUAUUGUCAGCCGAUAACAUCGAUUUUCGCGUGUCGCAUACACGAGGGAGCCUCGCGUUUAUAUAGUUCAUUUAGACUAUUCUGGAAAGUGAAUGGAAUGAACGCGGGACCGAAUCGUGGAAAUGUCGAGCCGUAUACCUUUGACGAUACCUUCAAAAAAAAAAAAAAAACAAUUAUCCUAUUUACAUUCGCAGAUAUGACGUUCGUACGAACUUUUUGUCGUCACUUGACAGCUGUCAGUAUUAGCUUACGUCACUGCGAUGAUUGUUUGGUAAAAUGGAAUUGCCUAUGCGGUUUUCUUUUUCUUAAUUCACACCGUAACUAUGCAUUGUAUGUAAAAAGUAUUUUCGUCUAAUAAGUAUGUACAAAAUAGUCACAAUACGCGAUAUUCUAUAGAAUUAAUUGAGUCACUGAAAUGUAAAUUACACAACAAAAGCAUUGUUGAAUAUUUUUUAAAGCAUUUUUUUGUAAUUCCUCGAUAGCGAAGUUUUGUUUUGAUAUUAUAAUGACGCGAUUUCUGAAUAAACCACACUUAAUGUCGCAUUUCGUCGAACAAAUAUUACCAGUUUUUUUUUUAUUUGUUGUGGGUAUUUUAUUUUUACGAAUGAAAUGUAGACAUUUAUACACGCACAAUAACAUUAUGCUCUAAGUUGAUUCGGUAGCUGAACGAUAUGAAUAAGACCACGGUUUUAAUAGUGUCAUGUCCCUUUCUCAUUUAUUGCGUUAAUAUUAGCGGUAGGCAGCGGCUUGGCUCUGCCCCUGGCAUUGCUGAAGUCUAUGGGCGACGGUAACCGCUAACCAUCAAGUGGGCCGUAUGCUCGUCUGCCUACAAGGGCAAUAAAAAAAAAGUAAAGUACCGUAAAUUAACAUGCAAUACAUGCUAUUAAAAAUGCAAUAUAAAAAAUAAAAUAAGAUAUUCGUAACAGCGAAUGUAUAAAAGUGGGAAAAAUAAAUCAUUUAUGUGCAUUGGUUAUAAAUAAUGGUACAUUUGAAAUUUUGUGAGUGAUAAAACAAUGACAGUAACAAUCUAUAAUUAAUAUCAAAUAAUUACUGUCGAUGUAUCAAAGAUUUAGAUUGAUUCGAAGAGUAAAAUGGUUGUGCUAUAAUUUGAACAUUACUGACAAAGAAAACCAGAUUGUUUUGAAAGUAAAGAAAUGAAAACAUUUGUGUUUAAAUUUCUACGGACAAUGAUCUAUUAAAAUCUGGAUUGGUAUCAGUUUUCGAAUGUAAAGGUUGCCUGAAAAAGUUGAAUUUCAAUUGCCAUGAGUUUGAAAAAUGCUUAGUAGAAAUAAUAAUUAAGAUCCGCUUCGAUACAGUGUAUUUUUGAAUGUUGUAUUUUAUUCUUAAACACAUGGCCAUUAAAAAGGUGGCCCCUGUCUUUUAGGUAACUUUCGUAAAUGACUUUUUCAUUUUAAAAUAUGCAAAUGAAAUGUGGUCUGUGGUAAAAAAAAUCUGUCAAAUUAUUGUCUAUGCGUAGGUGUCUUUCGAUGUUACAAUACUAAAAUAAUGCUCGUAUGUAGUAGUACCUAAGCCGUUAUAGUGUAUUCAAAGAAGAGCUGUUUCCUUGUAAUGACGUUUCGUAACAUUCCUUGUGCACUAUUCUUUUUUUUUUCGAAAUCGAUAAUGUAAAAUAUUGAAUCGUACAUAAUUUUUUUGUUUUAAAAUAAAAUUUAUAGUCUACAAAGCGUCGGAGCGUGUUAUAAAAUCAUCUCAAACUUAAUGAUAAGCUUUGUGUAAUUAUUAUGAUUUAUUUGUUUUUUUUUUGUACCCUCGUCUCCGAUGCUGCAUUCUCAAGUUCUGAUAACUGUAGGGUUAGCUAAAUUAACCGUAGUUUCGUAUGUAAUAUCUUUUAUAAAUAUGUAUUUGUAAGUGCGGCGGUGCGCCAUGUGCACUAAGCCGUCCCGUAAUGUAUUUAGUUGACGAACUUGUAAUAUUAUUAAAAUUACGGAAAUAAAUAAAAAUGAAUGUUAGGUCGAUAAUAUUAGUCGAGGUCCUUUUUUUAUGUGAAUGGAUGAUCUCGCCAGCGUACGAAGCUGUGAGAAAUACACAUAUUGAGAAAAUAAA